AGUUCCCCUUCCACCUUCCCCCACCCUUCUUUCCCAACCUCUGUAAGGCCCCUAGCUUGAUUCCAGCCUUUGCUGCAGCUGCUCUCCAGGCGUUUGCAGGACUCAAACAACUACAGCCGCUGUUCCCAACCAAGAUGGUGAUCCGUGUGUAUAUUGCAUCUUCCUCUGGCUCCACGGCGAUUAAGAAGAAACAGCAAGAUGUGCUUGGUUUCUUAGAAGCUAACAAAAUAGGAUUUGAAGAAAAGGAUAUUGCAGCCAAUGAAGAGAAUCGGAAGUGGAUGAGAGAAAAUGUACCUGAAAACAGUCGACCAGCCACAGGGUACCCCUUGCCACCUCAAAUUUUCAAUGAAAGCCAGUACCGUGGGGACUAUGAUGCCUUCUUUGAAGCCAGAGAAAAUAAUGCAGUGUAUGCCUUUUUAGGCUUGACAGCCCCACCUGGUUCAAAGGAAGCAGAAGCUCAGGCAAAGCAGCAAGCAUGAACCUUAAACAUUCUGCCUUAAGCAUCCUGACAAAGGAGUCUCCACUGCUUUUUAUAAAAUAGCAAAAUUAUCUUGGCUUCAAAGAAAUAGGCUUAAUGUUGAAAUAAUAGAUAGUUGUUGUUUUCACAUGCAAACAAUCAAAAUGAAUACAUAAUUAAAAUGUGAACAUUAUGAUGAGGAGAAUGGGAGAUGAACUUAAAAUUUUAAGAGGUGUCAUGGAAUAGUAUUGUUGUCUGCUAAGGCAUUUUAUGUACUUCAGUGAUUUUAAAAAGCAAACACCUGUUCCCUUUUUUGAUAUUAUUGCAGCUUAAGUAUAUCUGUAGCUCUACAUUGAGUAACUUUAAAAGAUGAGUGAGAAAGAAGGAAGAUGGUAAUUAUAACAUUUACAUUCUUUUGUAGUUAAAACUUCUAUGUACUGAACCACAGGUUUUCUAGGCUUCUAAAUGAAGCCUUUCAUUGCAUGCUUCAGUGAUCGGAACAGAUGACCUCCCACCAAAAUAAAGAUGUAUUCAGUUGACAAAUUUCUUGCUUAAACUACACAGCUAUGAUGCAAUCAUGUUACUAAGUUGCUUGCCCCAGUGAAAUAUGCAUAUGUAUGCUAUGGAAGUAGGAUGGCAAAUAAGUUAAAAACGGCAUCCUUUUGCAAAGAGUCCAGACUUUUUUUUUUUUUUUUUUGUGGUACACGGGCCUCUCACUGUUGUGGCCUCUCCGGUUGCGGAGCACAGGCUCCAGACGCGCAGGCUCAGUGGCCAUGGCUCACGGGCCUAGCCACUCCGCGGCAUGUGGGAUCUUCCCAGACCGGGGCACGAACUCAUGUUCCCUGCAUCGGCAGGCGGACUCUCAAUCACUGCGCCACCAGGGAAGCCCCAGAGCUCAGACUUUUAAUUAAAUAUUUUAAAAUAGGUUGGAACUCAUUUUUCCCCUUUUAAAACCACUUGUGAUCACGAAUGCCACUAUCUCUCAGAUAUUUGAUCUUUCGGUUUCAGCUUAGGCAUAUAUUGUAUGAGUACAUUAAUCUAAGCAGAGAAAAUCUUUUCUAUGCCUCUAUUCCAGUGAAUAGCGUAAGUAUCAGAUAAAAGGAUCAAUGUAAAAAAUGUUAAUUUUGAAAACUUCUAAGAAGAUAAGAAACAUUAUGGCCUAAAUCACCCAGAAGACACAUAUAUUGUACUUUAGUUCCACAUUAAUAUUGUACUUUAGUUUCACAUUACUAAAAGCAAACACCUUUUACUUUAAAUUACUUUAUCAUAUCAUUUGAUGUAUGCAAGUCUGUGCUCUUUGCCAAAAUCAAUAUACAAUGAAGACAUGGCUUUGUUUACUGAGAUUCAAACAUGAUGCAAUGCUUUAAAAUAAACUCAGUACUGUCAGAAACAUAA